AAAAAAGAUUUGAUGUAUCAUAUGGAUUCAUAUCACAAUAUAUUUAUUAUACCAAAAACUUAAGUAAAGAAAUAAAAUCAAAUCAAAUUCUUAACAUAAAUUGUUACCUACAUACUAUUAAUUUAACAGCGAACAAAAUUCUCCGACGUGUUUUUCUUUGUUCUCUUUCUCAAACGAUUUUUUCUCCACUCUUCCUCACAGGUUUUUCUCUCUCCUCACACGACCUCCCAUAAUCAAACUACGAUGGUAGCAAUGCAAGAGGAUAAAUAUGCUCGGUCUCAAGUUUCUUUCGUGAGGCAAGAUCUGGAUCCGUCAUUUAUAACUGGGGGCUGGGAUUCACAAGGAACACAAUUGUUUGAGUUACUUGCUGUGAGAGUGCACAUGCGCCUGAUCAAGGAAGUUACCGCUAUGUCCUCGCUUUCACAUCUUGAAGUAUAUGGCCGUAUUGUACUCAUCGAUGAACUUGGUAACAAAUUUUAUCUAUUUAAACGAAGAAAAUCUAAGGCAAAGUCUGUUUUUCUACGUGAUGACGCACAUGACAGCACAGUAAUUCUUCACAAUUUUGAUCUUGAAAGUCCUCGUUGUCUACCUAGUAAAUUUUGCUUGAAAUUUCAUCUCAAAGAUAAGCACCAAAAUAUCGUAAUUGUUAAGGACUGCAAACUAAUAGAUUGUACUCAAGGGGUCACUUAUGACAGAAUCCAUACCUUUUGCUUCCGCAGAGAACAAAAGUCGGAACAAGACUCUCAUUGCUUACCUUCGAUUAGUGUUCAUUGUGCACUCUUAGCCUGUGUGUCUAUUGAACUUGUAGAUACUGCUACUCGUAUUGAAGGUAGAAAUAAUACAACCGAUGGAAGUGAUUUUGUACCGGCUAAAGUUUUUGGUAGGAUUACUUCUACUACUGAGACAAGUGAUAUGACAUGUAUUAGACGUUUGCUUUUUGAUGAGACAGACAAGUUAUUUUUUGAGGCUUCCAAUAAGUUAUCUACCUUUUCUGUCCCAAGCUAUUCCUUGCUGGAGAUCCAAGUAAACGUGGAGGUUGAGGGUGAAAGAUUUUGCGAUACGGUCAAGUUUAAACCAUAUUCAUGGGAAAUCAUGUUGCAUUCGAGUGUUUGCACAUUUUGGUCAUGCAAGAGAUAUCCUUUCUGAAUAUCCAAUGUAUGAGUAUUAUGAUGGUAAAAGAAUGUCCAAUGAAAGAUCUGAAGAUAAAAGGAUCAACCGAAAGAGGUCAAGAGGCCUUACAAUCCAAAAGGCAAACCAGCAAGCACAGCUAUUGGAAGCCUUGAACAAUAUUGAGUGGUAUGUAUCAGAGUCAAAAGAUUGGAUAGAAAUGAUGGAGAUUUUCUCAAUUUCUAUUUUUUCUUAUGGUGUGGACGGCCUUCGUUCAGGGGUGAAGGGAAAAAUCCUUGUUUCAGAUGAAUACCAAGAAUUUAUUAUCUUUGAUGGAUGCAAGGAGUCUGACAUCUUACAUUCUCAUGAAACUAGUCUAAAAUUAAAAGGCUCUCCAAGGUGUUACCACUAGUAGAAA